AUGGGAUUUCUUUUUGAGAAUGACAUGUGUAAUCAAUCAGGUAUGAUUUUAAAAAGUUUGUAGUUACACAAUAUUCAAAUUUUCAGUCUGGAACACUGUGUUUCGAUAUCUUCACAGAUAUGGUGAAUUUGGUGUGGUGUUCUCGAUUUUUACUUUGUCUUUGGGUUUGUAGAUCAAAUUUUGUUCUUUCUAAUUUAUUCUUCCAAAGUUUCAGAUCGGCUCAUUUCGGUAGUUUAUAUAAACUUACAUAGUUCAAAACUUUAUAAGCUUAUUUUCACAUUAUUUCUAAUUGUCAAGUGUCCAUUAUUUAUGAUUUAUGUGUAUGGUUUGAAUACAAAAAACAAUGGAGAUAUAGUUAUUCUAUUUAUGUUAGUAUUCACUUUGUUUUUAUCAAUUACGUUGGUGGUUAGUUUCUCUUUUCUCCAAACGUAACAUGUCAAAUGACCUAUAAUUAUCGAUAAUUUGAGGUUAAAAAUAACUUUUUGCAGCUCGUGAUCAUGCUGAAAUGUCUUUCUAAACAUAUUUAUUACAAAACACAAGGCACAUUGCCACUUAACCAACGAUUCCAACUCUCUCAAAACUACGAACUUUCCAAAAAUUUAAUUAGACCCAUUUUCAUUAGUCUAAUCAUCAAAAUCACUCUUCUCCUCAGUUUUUGGCUUCUAUAUUUCAGAAUUAUUCCAUUAGAUUUACAAUAUCAUUUUUUCUCAAUUUGGAACCUGAUAUUCAAUUUUGAUACAAUGCUUUUCCCUAUUUUAUUUUUAUGUUCUGAUAGAAUUUUCGGAAAAAUGGUGAGUAUUCAUAUUGUGAUGAAAGACAAUCAAUUUUUCAUACAGGUCCGAAAAUUUGUUUGGCGAAAAAAUAAAGUGAUGGGAAUUCAAACGUUGAGUGGACUAAAUAUUCAAAAAACUGACAAUCAAUGCUCUCAUUUUGGAUCAUUGAAUAAUGAAUGGAAUGCUUGA